CUUGUUGAGUCUCUGCUCUGCUGCGUCGGCGGGAACAAUGAAAGGAGCAAGUAAGCCAGGUCGGUCUUGGACUGAUCGGUGCCCCUCUCCAACAGACCCAGCUCGGCGUGACCGACACCAUCAAGCUCAAGGGCUUCCAAGAGCUAGAGGAGGCCAAACGAGAGGCCAUGGAGCAGAAGCUAGAGGCCGCCAAACUCUACAACGAGCUCAAGCGCACACAGCCCCUGAUCGAUGGCCUCAAGAAGAAGAACAUGGAAAUGGAGAAACAGAUAGAGGAGCUCCGGCUUGACAAACAGGAAGACCGAAUCAAGCAAUCGACAGCAACAAUGAUGCUCAAGACCGAGAUUCGCAGGCUCUAUGCCGACAGACGCCUGGUCGACCAAGGCCGCAUCCAAGACGAACGGGCACUGAACGUUGUCGAGCGCAAGCAGGCCCUGACCAAAGACAUGGUGACGCAGCUGAAGGAGGAGCUGCUGGCGAUGAAGAAGGAGAACUUUGAGCUCAAAGUCCUUGCCGAGAAGAUGAAAAAACGAUACCAUGAGGCACAGGCGCAGGCACGCAAGCUGGCCGAGGUGGCCGGACGCAACGUGGGCGAUCUGGCGACGAAGAUCGGAAACACCAUUCCACCCAAGGUCGGCACGCUGGGCAACAAACCUCCCGCCUGGGCCAGUCUGGCAUCGACUCCAGGCGGUCCAUCGCAACAUGCCCGUAUUCCGCCCCCGAGCCUACGUGCCACCAAGUCUACUCUCAUUGAGCCCGAGCUCCCGAAACCCGAGCUCGACGAUGUGCCAGACUUUGAAGCCUGGCGGCUCAAGAUCGACACCCUGACGACGGAGCGAGAUUUCCUUUCCAACGAGUGCUGCAUGCUCAAGACCCGGGGGAACGAGCUCUCAACCAAGAUUGCCAUCCUGGAGCGAGCCUCGAACGAAGCACAGGCCCGCAUCAAAGCGCUCGAGCUCGAUCAGAAGACGCAGACGUCAAGCUACAAGACAAUGCAGCUCAAGUGCAACAAGGCUUCCAAGAUUGCUGCGAGCAUCGAGAAGCAAUUCAAGGACGCCAAACCGAAUGCAAAGAUUGACUAUAGUCUGCUGGUGGAAUCCGAGCCCUCGACACAACUGCUGGCGGCGCUUCUCUCUGCCCCGACGGAACAAAUGCGAGCAAGCAGUACAAACCCAGACAAUGCCUUUCGGCGGUAGAGUGUGCGGGGAGACAUGAUGGAGGAGUCGAUACCCAGAUGUGCACAUCGAUACCCAGCUGUGCACAUCGAUACCCAGCUGUGCAUGUCGACAUCGGCACAUUGUCUGAAU